AUGGCUUAUGACCUAGAACAGAUUCUCCAUGUUAAACGAAGAGAUAUGUUGGACAAUAAUGGAGAACUAAUGGCCUCAGUAUUAAAUGAAAAUGUUAUUGGCCACAUUCUACGCAAACUACUUAAAGCACUUUCAUAUUUGCAUCAAUAUGCCUUACACAACAAUUUGAUUGCACGAUCAAUUAUCGUUACCGAAAAUUGCGAUAUCAAAUUGACUGGCUUCAAAUGGACAGUCUUGAAAAAUGAAGGCAUUAGAAAAGCAAUUAGCUUGCGAAAUAAUCGUUUUUUUGGACGACCAACACAAUGGGCACCGGAAGAAGCUCUUAAUGAUAUUGAACAUUACGGGCCACAUACCGAGCUUUGGCAUGUAGGAUUAUUAAUACCGGAAAUGGUUACGGGUGAAACGUUUCAUUUGACUAAUACAACGUAUCCGAAAGACGUAAAACAAUAUGCUGAACAACUUUCAUUAAGUUCAGAAAUUCUACGACUGUGGCAUCGUUUAAUGCAACCAAACUAUGAAAAACGGCCAACUGUUGAUGAACUUCUUGAUCGGAAUAUUUUCAAAAUCAUAAAAUCGGCCGACAAAUCGGAAAUUCAAAAAGCUCUGCUUGCUGAUGCAAAGAAAUAUCGCGUAUCUACCGAUGAGUUAGCAGAGCCAAUUCAAAAAUGGACUCAACUGAUGAAUUAUUCGCGUGAACGCGGGGCAAGUGAUGUUACACGUUUAGAAUCCUUGUAUCUUGGCAUGGGACGGAAUGAAUUUUUCUCUUCAGUCAACUACAAAGAUGAAAUUGAUGAUGAGAAUCCAAUGUAUAAGAUUGACUUCCGGAAGGUACCAAAUGAUUUGUUGCAAUGUGUUUGUAUUGGAAUAAUCAAAAAUCACAAGAAGAAAGCUGGUUUAGCUCUUACAGUACAUCUGGACAUAAAUACAAUCAAUAUGUGUACUGUUGUCUGCCGAAAUGUUUAUAAAUUUGUGCAAAGUGAAGUAAUAGGGUUCAUUAAUUACAUUCGGAUUAGUCUGGAAAUAAUUGAUGUUUUGAAGCAACGUGAAAAAACACGUGCGAAGCACAGGAGCUGGCAAAUUUUUCUGGAAAAAGAUGAAAUCAAUAAGAUGGAAACCGUUGCACAAGUUCAAGUAAUAUUUGACGGUUCAAGCGCUCGGGAUGUUUUGGAAAACGCAGAAAAAGGACAUCUUGAAUUCAGAAAUUUCAACAUGAUCGAUUCACCAGUGCUUGAAACGCGCACAGGAAAAACGAGCAAUAGGACGGAAGAACAGCGGAAGAAUAUACCGCGUGAUAUAAACGAAUUUUUCUGUAUCUCGCCUUUGCUUCACGAGAUUUUUCGUUGUUUGCAAUAG